GCCCGCGCGGAUCCCGUUUAUCAGCCCCAUCUCCCAUUACAUAAGGCGGCGCCUAUCUCCAGGGCAUCGCCACAACCUCGGGCCUUCUCCCACGCGCGGGGGCGCACCUGCCCACCGCUCCCCGCUUGGUUUUGCUGGUCCUAGAGGUGGAGGGGGGCGUUCCACUCAUCUUGACGCAGCCCACGGUGGUUCCCCACUCCUUCCACCAACACAGGGACCCCCACGGGAGAUGCUACUGACCCUAUUCUGCAGAUAAGGAAACUGAGGUCACAGAAGCAGGCGGCGGCGCUCCGGGCACUGGGGAGCCACGAGGGGCAGGGCCCGGCUUCCAAGCGUUAGGGCCUGCAAUUGUGCUGGGAAACUUGGGGCUGGGAGAGAAGACAGGGUGGGAAUCACGUUACCAGUGAGAGGAGAGGGUGGGCAAGGCCGGCAGGCUUCUAAGCAGGGGCGACAGCCCCAGCGUCCCUUGGAGGACCCUUGUGAGGAGGCUGAGCCCCAUUGUCAUUGGACAGAGAGGUAGCCUGAGCAGACAGAGAGGGCCGAGAGGGGGAGGCACUGGCUUAGGGGAGGAAGUGGGUGAGGGAGACUUGACAUCAGCACCCAAGAGGCAAAUGCUGUGGCCUCAGUUGCACGGGUUUCUGGAGGACUUCUGGAAAAGCGGGGAAAUGGCUACAUGCCAGUGUCCCUGCAGGGGGCGGGCUGCCCACAGGGGACCCUGGAGUGGGGGCAGGCCCAGGAGUCACACUCCACAGCCUUCCAUCUGCAAGGGAAACUUGAGGCCUCGGAGGGCAGAGGUGGUCGCCCCAGGUCUCAAGUGGCAGUGGGAACAGUUAGUCUCCAGGGCUAAGGCUGGGUCCACCUCUUGCCGGCCCCACCCACUGAGGGUCUCCCAGCAGGACGGACCCACACUGAAGGCUGGGUGGGGCACCCAGUGUCCAGGCUGCGCGUGCUGAGAGUUAUCAGCAAAACAACUUCUCAAAGGAAAGAUCCCAGGAGGAUCCCUGAGUCUGAUUGGAUCUUUCAAUAGAGACCUGGGAAUCUGCGGGGCCAACAGGGAAUCAGGUGGGCCAAAAGAAGUGAACUUCACUCUUCUCCUUUUAUCCUGUUUGAAUUUUGUACCCAGAGCAAGUAUUGUUUUGGUAAUGUAACACACCAGUUCACUGAAAAAAAUAAAACCCCCAGAUUCCCACAUCUGAUAGACUGUGGUCACAGCACUGUCUGCCCAGCAUUUCUGGUGACCUAAAGGGAUCUGAGGACAGGAGCUGGGUGGGCACCUAGGGUGGACCAUGGGCAAAAGUGCUGGAUUUCCAGCUGGCACGGUUGACACCAGGCUGCCCUCAGGGCCCUCUCACCUACCCCACCAGGAAGCUCCUCCAGAUCUUGGAAACGGCCCCAGAACCCUCUCAGUAAUAAGUCUAUAAGAAAUCAAAUUCUUUCCUUUAUGUGACGCUGGAUUUUCCACAGAGUAAAAUCAAGAUGAGUAAAGAUGUGGUUUGUAGAUAGUGUCCGACAAAGCGGAGACCAGGGUGUGAGGCAUCACCACUUGGGCCUAUAAAAGCUGCCACAAGAGGCCAAGGCCACAAGAUACUCAGCUUAGGCCAGCCUAUGCGUCUGCUUCUCACUCUUCCUGUGGCUCUAGGCUCCAUGGCGCUCUGGUUGACUGUGGUCAUUGCUCUCACCUGCUUUGGUGGCCUCGCCUCCCUGGGCCCUGUGCCUCCCUCUACAGCCCUCAAGGAGCUCAUUGAAGAGCUGGUCAAUAUCACCCAGAACCAGAAGGCACCUCUGUGCAAUGGCAGCAUGGUGUGGAGUGUCAACCUGACAGCCAACAUGUACUGUUCAGCCCUGGAAGCCCUGAUCAACGUCUCCAACUGCAGUGCCAUCCAAAGGACCCAGAGGAUGCUGAGCGCACUCUGUCUUCACAAGCCCUCAGCUGGGCAGGUUUCCAGCGAGCACAUCCGAGACACCAAAAUUGAAGUGGCCCACUUCUUAAAAGACCUGCUCAAACAUUCAAGGAUCAUUUUUCACUAUGGAAAAUUCAGCUGAAGCAUGAAGAGCUAGCAUUAUUAUUUGCAGAGGCAGACCCUGACCAUCUAAGUUGCAGAUUUAUUUUUCUUUCAAAUGUCAGAAAUUUCUUGGGGAGACUGGAGGAGGGUUAGGGAGGGGGGUAUGGUUUCCUUAGCUUAGACCUGAGCCUGUGCUGCCUGCCUUGAGCCCAGCCAGUCCCACCUGCCCUGUGCCUUGGUGCCCGGGGCUCAGGCUGGUGGGCCUCCUCCAUCUGGGGCUCCGAGCUGGGUGGACAAGGAUGGACAUUGCCCCACUUGACCUCCCCCUCCUCAGAACAAACUAGCGUUACAACGGGUGCCACCCUCGUCAGACAGCCAGUGGAAGAGCCACCUGCUUUACACCGGGGCAACUGAGGCAGACAGCAGCCCAGGCACAUUUCUUCUUGGCCUUAUUUAUUAUUGUGUGUUAUUUAAACAAGUGUUUUUGUCUGUACUGGGGAUAGGGAGGGACUGUUACUGCCAGAACUUGGAGCCAAGGGCCUGGAAACUUGGGGCUCCAGCACUAAAGCAGCGAGCAUUAGGAAUCCCUGGCAAUAAGUACUGUGUGCAAACUUCUGCUACCUCACUGGGGUCCUGGGGCCGAGGCAGGGGACAGGUCAGAGGGCCAGAGUAGCCACUCUUGUCUGACGGCCAGCAGUCAGCCCUCAGCCGAGUAAUUUAUUGUUUUUCCUUGUAUUUAAAGUUAAGUAUUAAAAUAUGUUAUCAAAGAGUUAAUAAUAUAUAGGAGAGCAGCCUACAACACUGCAUAUGGUGUGGAUUGUGGG